GGAUAGACGGAUGGACUCCGGAUAGUAAUGUCCAGCAGGGCUGGAUCGCGGGUGCCCCGCAUGUUAGCCAUGGAAGCACCGGAAAUUUGCAAGGAAGGAUCUUGCAAUACACAGAAUUUUUCUCCCACCGCUUUGCCUUCUUCUGAAAAGAGUGGCAUGUUAAAAACAACAUUGGAAUCCCAGGGCAACUUCUUCCUCUUUCAGGAUGCGAUUCGGACUCUGAACACUCUGCAGACCAACGCCAGCUACCUGGAACAGGUGAAGCGAGAACGGGGAGACCCCCAGCUGCAAUUGCAAGCGAUGGCUGGGUUCUUGGAACGGACCGGCUUGAAGGUUGAAGACCUGGAUCAACUCAACGUCAUUCAUGUCACUGGGACAAAGGGCAAGGGUUCGGCAUGCGCCUUCACGGAACGGAUUCUGCGCAACUACAAUUUAAAGACCGGUUUUUACAGUUCACCCCAUCUGGUUCAAGUCCGCGAGAGGAUUCGCAUUAACGGCCAGCCCAUCAGCCAAGAGCUGUUUAGCAAAUAUUUCUGGCAGGUGUAUAACCGAUUGGAGGAGACGAAGGACUCCCAUCACGCUUCCAUGCCUGCCUACUUCCGGUUCCUUACAAUCAUGGCUUUCCAUGUCUUCCUGCAGGAAAAGGUUGACUUGGCGGUUAUAGAAGUCGGCAUUGGGGGCGCCUACGAUUGCACAAACAUUGUCAGGAAACCAAUAGUCUGUGGGGUCUCCUCCUUGGGCAUUGACCAUACCAGCAUCUUGGGAGACACCAUUGAGAAGAUAGCCUGGCAGAAAGGCGGCAUCUUCAAGCCCAGUGUGCCAGCGUUCACGGUUCCGCAGCCGGAAAGACCGUUAGAAGUCCUCAAACAAAGAGCGGAAGAAUGCCAGUGCCCGUUUUUUCUCUGCCCUGACCUGGAUGCCUUUGAAGACGGCCACAAGCUCCUUCAACUCGGCUUAGCUGGUGACCAUCAACGGUCCAACGCUGCUUUAGCCCUCCAGCUGUCCCACACAUGGCUGGGCCGUUGUGGGUAUCUGGAUACCGGUGAGCUGAAGGACUUGUGGCGAACUUCUGAAGCUCCAUCAAAGAGGGUGCCCUGCUUGGCUCCUGCUUUUAAGCCAGACCAGCCCAUGGUACAAGGCCUGCAAGCAGCUGUGUGGCUCGGACGUAACCAAGUGCUCCACCACGGCCCGGUGACGUGGUACAUCGACGGGGCCCACACCACGAGCAGCAUGCAGGCCUGCGUCCGCUGGUUUCACCAAGCGGCUCUGAACGAAGACAAACCUACAGACGGUUCCGAAGUCCGAGUGUUGCUGUUCAACGUGACGGGAGACCGGGAUACGGCGGCUUUGCUGAAACUUUUGCUGCCCUGCCAUUUCGACUACGCCGUUUUCUGUCCCAACUACACCGAGGUGUCGACGCUGGGAAACGCAGAUCAGCAGAAUUUCAACGUCACCUUGGAGAACGUCCUGACCCGUUGCCUGCAGAACCAGAACCACUGGAACCGGCUGAUGGAGGCCAAGUUGACCCAGGACCCUUGGUUCCCCGUCUUGCCCGAGGUGGGGGGCUGGCUGAAGCAGCCCCCGCUUCACAGCCCUCCCAUCUUCGCGGCCUCCUCCGCCCGCCCGCUCAACUCCAACUCUUUGGUUUUCCCUUGCAUCUCGCACGCUUUGCAGUGGAUCAGUCAAGGCCGGGACCCAAACUUGCCAGCCCUAGCGCCCCAGGGACUCCACCCGCACCCCGUGGCCAGCAGCGGGGCUGUUCUGCUUAAGGAAGCCGUGGCCAUCCGUGUCCUCGUGACGGGCAGUCUGCAUCUGGUCGGGGGCGUCUUGAAGUUGCUGGACCCCACCCUUUCUCAGUAGGCCCGUGGGAACUCCACCUUCUGCCGACCUCGGAACGGGCAGCGGAAACCUUGAUGUCCCGCUCCUAUCCGUGGUGUGGCACCAUGAGGCACAUCCAGCCAUGCGAUUCCCAGGAGGUCCAGGUUGAAUUCUCAACCAAAGUGAGUUGAUCUCCAGAGAACUCUUGUUGGUGGCAUCUGCCUGAUGGUUGAACGUUGAUGGUUGAACCACUGGAGGUCCAGCUAUUCCACAAGCUUGAAGACAUGGUCCUUCUUCUCAUAACCAAGUGAGGACCUCCUUGUGGCGUCAUCCAUCUCCUCCUCCUCCUCAUAACCAAGUGAGGACAUCCUUGUGGAAUCAACCAUCUCCUCCUUCUCAUAACCAAGUGUGGACAUCCUUGUGAGGUCCACCAUCUCCUCCUCCUCAUAACCAAGUGAGGACAUCCUUUUGGAAUCAACCAUCUCCUUCUUCUCAUAACCAAGUGAGGACAUCCUUGUGAGGUCCACCAUCUCCUUUUUAUAACCAAGGAGGAUAUCCUUGUGAGGUCCACCAUCUCCUUCUUCUCAUAACCAAGUGAGGAGAUCCUUGUGAGGUCAACCAUCUCCUCCUCCUCCUCAUAACCAAGUGAGGACAUCCUUGUGUGGGUCAACCAUCUCCUCCAGCCUCAAGCAAUGGACCGGGUGCUUCCACAUGUGAUAUUCCUCAGCACAACCGAGGCAAGAUACAGGCCACCACCGCCUCUGAGACUCCUGUGCCUUCUCAACUCACUCACCAUGUCCCGUUCAAUGUUCCUCCCCAUUUUCCGCCCCCGUCUUUUAUCACUCGCUGCCUUGAUCCGUUGGGCUACCCUCGGGGGGUGGGAGGAGACAGGGACGCUGCUACUCGCUUGUCACAAACGGUCCCCUCCUUUGAGCUCCUCAUCUCAGCCUCUGGGCCCCGUUUUUGGGGUGGCGGACCUCCAAAGAGACCAGUCUUAACUGGGGUACAACGCUUCUGCAUGCUUGGUGCCCACCACAGUCCAGACGAAGCAGGCUUAGCCAGACGCACAGUAGGACAUUGACCGGUUUUGGGGUGUGUGUGUGUGUGUGUGCGUGGGGUGUCCCUGGGCUGACCCCCCCACUUGAGAUUCAAGUGCCUUUUUUGGGGGGGGGUGGAGAGGAGAGAAAGAGUCACUAUGUUCUUCCAACGAGCUGCCAAAGCUCUGUCUGAUUUCUCAGUAAUGUUGGGGAUUGUGGACCAAGCAUUUCAACCUCCCCCCACAACCUUCCCUUUUCUGGAAUUGGACUCCACCGUUGCCCACAUCCUUUCUUAUUCAAACUUUGGGGCGGCCGGACUACGUCUCCCAUCUUCCUUCCCUCUAGGCAGGGUUGGCCGUGGCUGAUGGGAGGUGGUGUAACAGUUCCCGCAAGUCCAGCUGCUUCAAUCCACUGGGAGAAUCCUGCAGUGGGUUUGAGGUGUGGGCGGCUGCCUGCGUGGAAACCUGAUCCACCACGUUGGCAGCCGUGCCUGGAUCGACCUCCCCUUAAUUUUGAGGGGGCUUUGGGUGUUCUUAAGAGGCUCCCCUGGUGGCCCAAACUUUUCCUGUCUUCUUUCUGCAAAUACUUUGGGUUAGGAACUCUUGACCUACAAGGUCCCUUUUAAUUAAUUAAUUAGUCCCCUCUGUUAAUCUGUAAACUGCUGGAAAGCUUCGUUUUUGUUUUUUUUAAUCCCUUGUGGGCAGUGAGAGUAAUGAAGGGAGGAAGACCAGUAGUUAACUUAGGUUCUCCUUUCAAUUUUCUUUCCUUUUCCUUUUCUUCCCUUCUCCCU